UUCCUUGCUCAGACUGAGGCCUUGAUGAAAGGAAAAACUGCUGAUGAAGCUUUUAAGGAACUUCAAGCAGCAGGACUGAGUGGAGAUGUUCUGGAGAAACUCCUUCCCCAUAAGGUCUUUGAGGGGAAUCGACCAACCAACUCCAUCAUAUUUACUAAACUCAACCCAUUCACUCUGGGAGCCGUCAUUGCCAUGUAUGAGCACAAGAUAUUUGUUCAAGGAAUUGUCUGGGAUGUUAACAGUUAUGAUCAGUGGGGAGUUGAGCUUGGAAAAGAGGGGCCUGGAGCAGGCUGCCAGGGGGUUUUAGAGAAAGAAAUCCUGUAG